GUAUGUACGUAUCAUCUCUACAAGACUGUUUUGAUAUUCUGGGUUAGUCGGUUGGGUCUGUGGACACGACAAACUUCAAAAUGGGAAAAGUAAACAGCUGUUUAAAACGGGUGUUCAUCUUCUUCAACUUCUUAUUUGGGAUUUUAGGGGGAGUUCUCUUGGUGUUUGGGAUAUUGGCACAUGCUCUCCACCAUGAGCAGAUUGAAAACAAGAUGAUAGGGAUAUUUUUUCUAUACAUCAUCGGAGGAGCCACCAUGGCCAUAUCAUUUGUUGGCGCAUAUGGUGCAUACAAGGAAAAGAAAUGGGCACUGAUUGUGUUUGUAACAGUGAUGAGUCUGGGAGGCAUUGCCCUUCUGUGGAUCGCAGUCCCCCUUGUGAUUUCACGUCCAACGGUCUAUUCAGUGAUCGAGGAGCAGUUCCGCUCUGUGGUGCCUUUGGAUGAAGCUGAUCCACAAAUACAGCAAGCUGCCGAAACGCUUCAGGCCCAGUUUAAAUGCUGUGGACUCUUUGAUGGCUACAGAGAUUGGAGGAGCCACAUCCCACAGUCUUGCCUGUGUUCACCUGAUCAGUCAGCCGAUAAGUGUGAGAAAGCUGAACGCUCCUACCGGAUGCUAGACUUUAGCCGUUUCUCUGACAGACUUCGUGACACAGAGAAGCUGGUGUACAAACAGUCUUGCUUUCCCAUACUUAUGACGUACGCAGAGAAAGCGUUGGACAUAACACUGGGAAUACUCUUCGGGCUUGCUGUCCUGGCGCUGUUGGGGGCGUUGAUGGCUGUGAUUAUGCUCUGCCAAAUCAAAGACCAACCUGUGGCGGCACCGGCAGUCUUCACCGUGAAUCCCCAGCCACCCAAGUACAGUGAGCUGUUCAACAACGAUAACUGUCAGAUUGGGUCGACUGGGUCUGUGGACACGACAAACUUCAAAAUGGGAAAAGUAAACAGCUGUUUGAAACGGGUGUUCAUCUUCUUCAACUUCUUGUUUGGGAUUUUAGGGGGAGUUCUCUUGGUGUUUGGGAUAUUGGCACAUGCUCUCCACCAUGAGCAGGUUGAAAACAAGAUGGUAGGGUUAAUUUUUCUAUACAUCAUCGGAGGAGCCACCAUGGCCAUAUCAUUUGUUGGAGCAUAUGGUGCAUACAAGGAAAAGAAAUGGGCACUGAUUGUGUUUGUAGUAGUGAUGAUUAUGGGAGGCAUUGCCCUACUGCGGAUCGCAGUUCCCAUUGGCGUUGCACGUCCAGCGGUCUAUUCAGUGAUUGAGGAGCAGUUCCGCUCUGCGGUGCCUUUGGAUGAAGCUGAUCCACAAAUACAGCAAGCUGCCGAAACGCUUCAGGCCCAGUUUAAAUGCUGUGGACUCUUUGAUGGCUACAGAGAUUGGAGGAGCCACAUCCCACAGUCUUGCCUGUGUUCACCUGAUCAGUCAGCCGAUAAGUGUGAGAAAGCUGAACGCUCCUACCAGAUGCUACUGUUGAGCCAUUUCUCUGACAGAACUCUUGACACAGAGAAGCUGGUGUACAAGCAGUCUUGCUUUCCCAUACUCAUGACGUACGCAGAGAAAGCGUUGGACAUAACACUGGGAAUACUCUUCGGGCUUGCUGUCCUGGCGCUGUUGGGGGCGUUGAUGGCUGUGAUUAUGCUCUGCCAAAUCAAAGACCAACCUGUGGUGGCACCGGCAGUCUUCACCGUGAAUCCCCAGCCACCCAAGUACAGUGAGCUGUUCAACAAGGUUGACUGUUAGACGUGCCGCUGCAGGGAGCUGUGCUUGGGGUUCCAUUCUGUAAGACACACGGCGUAAUGUCAUAAUCUGUCUCACGCGCAAAUGCAGGUCAGAUCGGGGUAUGGAUGACUAAAACCAAAAAAAAAAUGUUCAGGAGGUUGUAUGAAAAGAAUUGUACUGCGAUGGAUUAGUGUUGUCUUCUAGCUCUCUUUCUGUAUUUUUAAGUAUUUUUUUUACCACUACCACACCCCUAUGUUUACCUUAGGUUUUCAUAAGGGAUUAAUCAAAGGGAAAUAUUUACACUGACAUUUAAGAAACUGAGCAGCUUUACUUUUGUGCUUCUUUUUUAAUGGUACAAGCAGAGCGAGUUGUAUCAUCCAAAACAGAAUGUACUGUAUUUUUGCACCUUUAUGUAAAUAAAUGCUUUUAUAUGUGAUUUGAAUAAAGAGUGUUUGUUUAAUGCCGAGGGAUUCUCUUAAUCUUCCUUAUACACCCGCCAUGCUUCACCCAUGAGUACAGGAAUCAGUAGCAGGGAUCCCAGAUUUUCUAGGUGAAAUGUUGGAAAACCUUGAAACUCAUGUAACGCAGUAUAUUUUGCAGGUAACAACUGCAUUUAGCUAGCAUAUAAACCAGGACAAUGGAUGGCAUGAGGCACUGCUAUUGUAGAUGAACAGUGUUUCUUCAGCUGUAGUUGUUAACUUCAGGUGGUGUGUAUUGCUUAGUGUGUGAUGUGUGCAUUUUUUUUUUUACUGGACUGUAUCCUUUUAACUUAGCAAGUAAAUGCUCAUCCUUCAAAGUGUAAUGAACGAGCUCAACAAAUAAUUUUGACUCAGAUUUACAAACAAUGCAGUGAUUUAUUGCUUUGGGAAACAAGUGAUCAAAUAAAAUGAUGGUGACAUUGACAUUGGAGACAUUGAUUUACAAACAUGCUCAGCUGAGAGGUCACAUGCUGAAGCGUGGUUGUCUGUAAUAAAU